CGCGCGCGCGCGACGUGCGCGAGCGCGAGCGAGGGGAAAACGCGCGGAAAAGAUGAACGCCGAGGCGCGACAGACGCUGCACGCGCUCAUGAGCGCGGCUGAAAACCGCACGUGUGCGGAUUGCGCGACGCACAACCCAGACUGGGCGAGCGUGAACCACGGGAUAUUCCUCUGCCUGAACUGCAGCGGCGUCCAUCGAUCGCUGGGCGUGCACGUGAGCUUCGUGCGGUCGGCGACGAUGGACUCUUGGAGCGCGGAACAGUUGGCGUCGAUGCGGUGCUCGAGUAACGAGAAGAUGAAUGCGUUUUUGGAAAAGUAUGGGACGGCGCGCGGGACGAGCGCGCGGGUGAAAUACGAGAGCGCGGCGGCGCAGGCGUGGCGGGAAAAGGUGCGAUGUGCGGUGCAGGGGAAGGAGUGGAAAAAGCCAAAGGGGCUGAAGAGCGGUGGAGGCUCGGGGGAGGGGAGAGAGGGGGGUAGAAAGCCGAGCGGGAGCGGGUCGUCGGAGUUGUUUCAAUUUGAGGAUACAAACGAGAGGAAGAAGAGCUCGGGGAAGACGAACGCGAAGGGUGGGUACGACUUAUCCACCGGACAAGGGUCAUUGGUGAGCAAGCGGUACGUGCAUCACGACGACGGGUGGGUGCCGCCACCGCCGCCGUUACCGAAAGGCGCGAAGGCAGGGGAGUUUUUACACGGAUUGACGCCGCACGAGUGGGUGGCGUUUCUGAAAAAGUGUGCGAGUCAAGACGAUCGAACGUAUCACUUGAAGAACAUGACGGAAGAAGAGCGCGCACAAGUCGUUGCGGCGAUGUCUGGUCAACCCAUUCCGCCGCGCUCUGGGAAGAAGCACGUGCCAAAAAUGACGAGCGACGCGGCGACAAAUUCUUCCGCGAGUGAUUUGAAGACGUUGAAUCCAUUCGAUGGUUUCGGUAGUAGUAGUGGUGGGGAUGAUUUUUUCGACGAUAGCGGAGCGGCGAGAAAGGAAAAGAAGUCGAAGAAGGAGAAGAAGGAAAAAAAGGAGAAGAAGGAAAAGUCAUCGGCGAACGACAAUGAGACGGAGCUUGAGCGACGCAUGCGAGAAGCGGGCGAGGCGGCGAAAGCUUUAGCGCGCGAACGCAUGCUUGUGAACCCGAACCGCGCGCAAGAAGAUGCUUCUUCGUCUGUGUACGCCGUGCCACAGAAGAAGAAACCAUCUUAUUCACCAAAGCAAUCGUAUUUUCACGGAAGCUCAAAUCUCGGCUCUGGUGCGUCUUCGCGGUACGCCGGCUUCGGGAACACGUCUUCGAAUCCGAAGGCUCAGGAUUGGCAAGACAAGGUAAAGGUUGGGAUGGAGUCUGCUAAAGGCUGGUUGUCUGGGACACUAAAGGGUAUCGCGGCCAAGCUUGACAAUACUGCCAGCGCGCAGCGUACAGCGCCGCCACCGUCUUACAAUCAGACGCCCGGCCACUAUCAACCGGCAGGACGCCCACCAGAAGUGGCGUCGUACGAGCCACCGCAGGUGCAAUCGUACACUCGUCCGCCGAGACCGUCCCCGAAAGCAAAAGCCGAAAAGUUCUACAGUUCGUCGGAUUCUGACAGUAGUGAAGAUGAAGACACCCCAGAGAAGCUCGCGUCCGACUUUUCAAAUUUGAUGGAUAAGUGA